ACCUUCUCAGCACCUCGGCUAGUGAGAAGCUGGAUGCUUUCAUUUCCUAUCGCCGCUCAAACGGAUCACACCUGGCCAGUCUCCUCAAGGUGCACCUUGAGUCCCGAGGAUAUCGCAUCUUUUUGGACAUUAACAGUUUGCCAGCCGGUCGAUUUGACUACUGCCUCCUCAACUCCGUCUCUAGGGCUAUAAACUUCAUCCUAGUCCUCACACCAAAUGCUCUUGACCGGUGUCUCAAUGACGAGGAUUGCAAUGAUUGGGUGCAC